AUGGCUGCUUCUAAUACACCCUACUCCGGUGUUAGGGCCAAAACACAAAUCCCUCAUCAUCUCUCCUCUUCAAUAGUGGAUUUGGGCUCCAUCUACUUCAACAAGAGCAAGUCUAAUCGUAAAAAAACGAAAAUCCACUCUACUCUACACUCUCCUUCUGUUCUCCAUUUCCCAACACAACCAGGAACUCCCAAAGAAGACUCCUCGGUAACUGUAAAUCCAAAAACCAACCGUCACCAACCACUGUGGAAUUUCCUUCAAAGAGCACCAGCUACAGCCUUAGACAUGGCAGAAGCUGCGUUGGUCUCACACGAGCGCCAACGCCCACUUCCCAAAACAGUGGACCCAGGCGUUCAAAUUGCAGGAAACUUCUCUCCCGUGCAGGAGCAGAAAGUCCGGCGAUCGCUCCCGGUGACCGGAACAAUCCCCGAAUGCAUUGAUGGCAUUUAUGUCCGGAAUGGAGCAAACCCUCUUCUUGAGCCCGUCGCCGGUCACCACUUCUUCGAUGGAGACGGCAUGGUCCACGCUAUGAAAAUUGAGAAAGGCAGUGCAAGCUAUUCUUGUCGUUUCACUGAAACGGAAAGGCUAAAACAAGAGAGAGGACGCGGUCGGCCAGUGUUUCCUAAAGCAAUUGGGGAGCUACAUGGUCACUCUGGUAUCGCAAGAUUGCUCCUAUUCUAUGCUAGAGGACUAUGUGGGCUUCUUGAUCAUACAAAAGGAACUGGAGUGGCGAACGCAGGCUUGGUCUACUUCAAUGACAGGCUUCUUGCCAUGUCUGAAGAUGAUCUUCCUUACCAAGUACGAAUCACUCCUUGCGGUGAUCUUGAAACUGUUGGUAGAUACAAUUUCAAUAGCCAACUUAAGCAUUCUAUGAUUGCACACCCAAAGAUUGAUCCAGUUUCUAAAGAGCUCUUUGCUUUGAGCUACAACGUUGUUCAGAAGCCGUAUCUAAAGUACUUUCGCUUCUUUCCGGACGGUAAAAAAUCACCAGACAUUGAUAUACCUCUACCAGUCCCAACCAUGAUGCAUGAUUUUGCUAUCACUGAGAAUUUCGUUGUGAUCCCUGACCAACAAGUGGUAUUCAAGCUUCAAGAAAUGCUAAGAGGUGGCUCUCCUGUUAUUUACGAUAAGAACAAGAAAUCUCGGUUUGGAAUUCUUAACAAGAAUGCUACUGAUGCCAAGGACAUAAUUUGGGUGGAAUCGCCGGGUACUUUCUGCUUCCAUUUAUGGAAUGCAUGGGAAGAGCCAGAAUCCAACGAAGUUGUGGUUAUUGGGUCUUGCAUGACUCCACCGGACUCCAUUUUCAACGAUUACGACGAGAGUUUAAAGAGUGUGUUAUCAGAAAUCCGGCUGAAUUUAAAGACAGGUAAGUCCACUCGCCGCCCCAUUAUUCAGGAAUCAUCAAAUCAUGUUAAUUUAGAGGCUGGGAUGGUGAACCGGAAUCGGCUUGGAAGACAGACAAAUUACGCUUACCUAGCAAUCGCCGAGCCUUGGCCUAAGGUUUCAGGUUUUGCCAAGGUCGAUCUUUUCACUGGGGAGGUUAAAAAGUACAUGUAUGGUAAUAAAAGAUAUGGUGGUGAGCCGUUUUUCUUGCCAACAAAUCAAAAUUGCGAAACAGAAGAUGACGGUUACAUUCUUGCUUUUGUUCAUGAUGAGAAGACAUGGAAGUCGGAGCUUCAGAUAGUGAAUGCUAAGAAUUUACAGUUAGAAGCUUCAGUUAGGCUGCCAUCGAGGGUUCCGUACGGUUUUCAUGGCACUUUUAUUGACAGAAGGGGGUUGGUGAAUCAGGCAUAG